AUGGCUGCAUCCUCAAUGUGGGAUCUGUCAGCCAUCCGGCGCCGGAAUAAGACCAUGCGGUUUCCAGAAUUACUACACGAAUUCCUUUCUCAGUUUCAAGACAUCAACCCGCGCUGGGGGAAGUGGUAUGAGAGGGGCACUGAACGUCUGCUCUCAAGCGCCGCCCGGCUGCAAGCCGACUUGUUACGUGAGUCGCCCAACUUCACCGAUCUGUCUGGUGAAAAUACGGUCAUUGCGCUAGCACUUCAUUGCCUUCUCCUUGUUCGAGACUUUGAGUAUAUGGCCACCGAAAUUUUGGAUCUCACAGAAGAAGGAUUAUUCGCCGAUGGCUCCCCUGUCGUCGUUCCAGAACCGAGUUAUGACGCCGACAGGCUUCUCCCCAUUGUAGAAGUCCACCGAGCCAUCUUGCCAGAGCGGGCUCUUCGAGAAUCUCCAACACCUUUGCCCUGGGCACCACCAAAUACAGAGGGCGUUAAUGUUUCGAAGCCGGGCUACCACAUCGAGAGUGGCCUCGAUGCCACGUUAACUCAUAUCUCGGAUUGUCUGUUCCGGCUUCUCGACUCCCGAGAUCCAAGGCACUGGCCGACUGUCCUGUAUGGGCUCGUGAUUCUUAUUCUGAUCCGUUGGUGCCUGUUGCCUAUGGGACGCUGGUUGAAAAGUCUACGGUAUGCUGGGAGCUCGCUGACGCCGCUGAGCCGCGAUCUUGCUCGGUAUUAUUAUAUUUGCACGGAUGGGGGUAGCAUAAUCAGCGACCGAUGGGAUGAGGGGGACUAUGCGGCGCAAGUUGGGCAGUAUCGAGUUGCCCUGGACCAUGCUCGUAUUUUGCAUGAGUUAUGGGUCAAUGCAGACCACGGACAAUGGAAGGAAAUAGAAGGGGGUGGGGGUAUAGACGGGUUUCCGGGGAAGUUAGAGUUUUUUGCGCAUGGGUGCGUAGAUGCCAUGCUGCAUCAUGAAGGUAUUUGA